UGGGAGCGCGCUGCAAAAUGGCGACGCCCAGUCUGCGAGGCCGCCUGGUGCGUCUUGGGAACCCGCGGAAGCCGGUGCUGAAGCCCAACAAACCCCUCAUCCUAGCUGAUCGCGUGGGGAACCGACGCCGGGAGAAAGGCGAGGCCACCUGUAUCACGGAGAUGUCGGUGAUGAUGGCUUGCUGGAAGCAGCAUGAAUUCCGCGACGAAGCGUGCCGAAAAGAGAUCCAGGACUUCUUCGACUGUGCUUCUAGGGCUCAGGAAGCCCGACGGAUGAGAUCAAUCCAGGAAAGCCUGGGACAGUCUGGGAGUUUACCUCCCCACAAAAUGAACAAGUUGUUAAACAAGUUUCCUAACAAACCUCACCUCAGCUGAAAGCAGAGGAGCAUCUACAAUGGACGAUCAUUUCUGAGAACUAUGCACAGGCAUUUCAGGGAUGCUUGCAUCUGUACUGCCAUGCCCUUUCUGAAGGGUGAAAUGAGCAAAGCACUUCUUUUGCUCUUUGGAAUCACGUUCUGGAUGGAAGUUCUCCUUUGUCUGGAAAUAAAACUGAAGGGAAAUUGA